AUGUAGCUCAUUAACCAAAAUUGUGAAAAGUACUUUAUUUGUACUUUUGUAGAUUAUUUUGAUAGUGAUGUUCAUUCAAAAAAGAGAAUAAGUUCUACUUUGCGUAUGGCUAUCAUCUCCAACUCAGCUAAUAAUGCCAUACGAAAAGGGUAUAUAUUAGCAUUACUUAAAUUCCAGAUGAUUUUUCAAAUAGAAAAUAAUUAUUAUUAAAUGAUUACUAGUUAUUUCCCACAAUGA